AUGUCUGAUUACAGACAAGCGGUGCCCGCUCCAACAAUCUGGAGCCCCGGAUUCUCGGUCACAGAAGCAAGUUCCUGUCGAUCGUCACUCUUCUCGGUCCUCAACAUCGAGUUUUGGGGUUCCAUCGACAACGGGGCCUCGCCCGACUUUUCCAACCGACAGGCCAACAACAGUUACAAGACGGUCCGACUCAUCAGUGAGGAUUCGUCGUGGCUUUUUUCGAGGUGGUGUACCGGUAACCAAACCGAACUUUACAAUACCUUGGUGAGUUUUGUCAUUUCCUUUCUUCCCCCGGACCAUGCCGACGCGGUCCCGACCCCCGGGAACUCGGGUCGCCGGAUGGGCACGGCCAGGCAACGUCACCACAACCUCACCACCGUCAUGUCCAAGGCCCGGAACCUGACCGACGCCGAGAUAGGCACGAAGGUCCAGUGCCACGCGCCGGACUACUGCGGGGCCAUUACUGACUUUUGA